UGUUGUUAUGGAACCCAGUAGAUUAGAAUGUAACAUUCAGAAUCUGGAUGAUUGUCCCAUUUUUUUCCUGACAAGGUUGUAAGUUCUGAUCAUCGUCUACUGGAUUAUGUGUCUGAAUGCCGCAAGUUCGUUGCGCUGUUGCAGUAAAAUUGGGUAACACUUUUCACAGAGGGACACGCACACACACACAGAUUACAAUGAGGAAUCGGAAUUUAAUUCAUCAUCGGGGAUUAAAUUGUAUCGAGUAUUAACAAAAUAUUUGGGAUGUGAAAGGCGCUGAAAAUGUGGGUCUCUGGAUUCUCAUGGUGGAUGCCCAUUAUCUGCCUGGCAGGUGUAUCCGUUGGUGUUCAAGUGACCAUUUCAGAACAGAAGAAGAUAGCUAUGUUGUUCCAGCCUGUUGUCCUACAUUGCCAGUAUUCUACUACAUCUGCCCAACAACCAGUGGUACAGUGGCGCUUUAAAUCAUACUGCAAGGACCGUACUAGAGAUGCCUUCAGCAUUCACAGCACAGCUGCACACGUCAUCAGCCAGAAAGAACAGAGUCCUACGUGGGACCCAUAUCUAGACUGUGCAGACAACAGUCGUACUGUCCGAAUUGUGGCUUCCCGUCAGGGUUCUGCAGUCACCUUAGGAGAGUACUACAAAGGACGAGAAAUCACCAUUAUCAAUAAUGCAGAUCUCCAGAUUGGGAGGUUACAUUGGGGAGAUAGUGGGGCUUAUUACUGCUCUGUUAUCACUCCAGAUGACAUUGUGGGUAACAACGAACAAAGAAUGGAACUUCUUGUGUUGGGUAGGAGUGAAGUGGUUGCAGAUCUCUUGCCCAGUUUUGAUGUAGAGAUUAUGCCAGAAUGGGCAUUUGUUGCUUUAGUGCUCUCAGGAUCUCUAAUAUUCCUCAUCUUACUUGGUGUAUGCUGGUGCCAGUGCUGUCCUCACACAUGCUGUUGUUACGUCCGCUGCCCAUGUUGUCCAGAGUCUUGCUGUUGCCCUCGAGCCUUAUAUGCAGCUGGGAAAGCAGUAAAAGCUGGACAUCUUCCUAAUGUUGCAGCCUAUCCACCGUAUUACAUCCCCAGGGUACCCAUAUCACCAAGUGUAAUUGAUUCAAAACCUCUGUCUUCGACUGCACAUGUGGACAAUGAUAUGGGAGGAUCUGUACGAAGUGGCUACAGGAUUCAAGCCAACAAAGAGCAAGACUCCAUGAAGGUCCUUUAUUAUGUGGAAAAGGAAUUGGCACAAUUUGACCCCUCUCGGAGAAAAUAUGAACAAUCCAGUAACAUGUCGGAGCUCAGUUCACUUCACGAUCAGGACACUGAUUUCCGCCAGACCUUUCCUCAGGGUCGAAAACAAGUGCUCCCUGCAAUUACUGCCCAGGACGAUGACUCAGCAUUCAGGGGUCAGCUGACAAGAGGGUCGGGACAUUUCAAGAACAAAGAAAGAAGAGACAACGAAUGUUGCAGUAGCAGGUCACGGUCUCGAUCUCGAUCUUGUGAAAGACAAAGAAUUGAAUUCCAUGACAAAGACCAAACAAGGUCACUGGAUGAACUAGAACAAUUUGCAGAAUCAUACCAUUACAAGGGGAGGAGGGGUAAUUCCCUAGAGCCUGAACGGUGGGAGAGAAAAAGUACAGACAGAGGGGAGUAUUAUAGAGCACUCAGAGACCGGUACCACUAUCAAGAUAGCUCUUUGGAUGAUUACUAUAACAAAAGGAGUCGAAGCAGGAAUGAGCUUUAUGAUACUGAUCAGGCACAUAUUUAUAAUAGUCAAAGGAAGAGAGACAGGCAGGAAGAAUAUCCACUAAGGUGCACAAAUGAGGGCGUCAGAGCUUAUGAUGAUGCUUUUAUGAGCAAUGUUUUGGAGAGAAAAGCCAAAUGCAAAUCUUACAACGAGAGCUAUGGCAGUGAAACCCCUUCCAAAACCAGCAUCAAGCGAGGGAAUGACCAUUACUAUGGGAAACCUCCAAGCUACAGGGCAGAAGAGGAAGAGACACUGCCUCCAUAUACUGAAAUGCACUUGCAGAGGCUUAGGCCAGAAGAACUGGCAGGAAGGGCUUACUACCAGAAAAUGGAAUGCACUCAUGAGAGGAAAGAACAACCAAGGCAGAAGAAAGCUAAUCAUUUCCCAGCCAGAGAUGCUCUUGUGGUGUGAAACUAAAAAAGAAUUAAGGGAAGAUUCUGUUUCCAAGAUGGUACUGCUUGACAAAUGAGAAAUGCCAAGGAUUUCGGAAUGUUGGGGACAACAUCUGUUCUACAUGGGAACUCUACAACACUUGAUAAAAUGGAUUGCAAAACACUCGGAACUGAUUACAACAGUUCCAUAUUUUGAAGUAUUAUGAGUCUCUGGGAAAUUUGUCAGAUUGGUUUACAUGUACAGUAUUAAUAUGGUGGUUUUAGUACCUGCCAUAAUUUAUGUGAUGGUUGAUGACAUUCUAGAACUUAGGAACAAUUUUUUUGUGUUGGUUUACCAAUUCAAUACAGCGGAGUGUGAACAUUACCUUACCCAUUUGGUCCAGACACUAGCUGUCAUUAUAAAAUCUCAAAUGAACCAUAGAAUCAUGGAGUUUUGUAGUACAGAAAAAAAAAGUCAUGCAGGUAAUCAUCAUCUAUGCUUUUCCUCUGAAGGAACUAUUUACAUAGUUAUCUUCCCAAGUUCUUUGAACUAUUUUCUUGUUUCAAAUAUUUAUGCAUCAUCGCUUUAAACACCACAAUGGAACCAGUUUUGCAACAGUAUCUGCUGUAGAAUCCCACAUCUUAACCACCGCAUACAAAUAAUUCCCUUAACUCCUAGUUUUAUUGGUGAUAAAAUUAAAUUUAUGCCCUGCUCAUUUACUGUUUACUUUAUUAACUCCCCUCAACUUGAACAUUUCUGUUAAAUUCCGUCUCCAUUACAAUCCUUCCUUCAACUCUUUGAGGGUGGCAUGGUGGCUCAGUGGUUAGCACUGCUGCGUCAGGGUCCCAGAUUCGAUUCCAGCCUUGG